GCCCUACUGUACUAGGCCUGUGACAAAAAAAAGUCCAGAAUCUGGACUACCACGCACCCGGAUCAGCUGUAAAUGUCAAUUAUCAUCAUAGGCCUAACUCAACUUGUCUCAAGUACGAACAGCGACAAAGCAAUUUGUAGAAAAGACAAAUGAUGAAGGACUAGAAUGUUGCAUCCUGACGCGGAGCGCCACUUUUCCCAUCAUUUAUCAUCUCAACGAAGAGUCGUCGGAUCUAAAGCUGCCUCAUGAUUUUCAUACAGUCUUUCUACGCCUUGUGCGUAUUCUGUGGUCUGCUGUACUUGUACACACGCUCUGCAGUACCGUCAUCGGAUGAUGUCAUUUUCAAGAAGUUUCAGCACACGUAUCUGGUGGUCUACCUCUUGGCCAUGGCUGCUGAUUGGUUACAGGGUCCCUACGUUUAUGCCUUGUACGAGCAUUAUGGGAUGACACCACACCAGAUAGAGCAACUCUUCGUAGCUGGCUUCGGAUCCAGUAUGAUUUUCGGCACGGUGGUGGGCUCAUUUGCUGAUAAAUAUGGUCGCAGGGCAAACUGCAUCCUCUAUGGCAUCCUGUAUGCCUUGGCUUGCGUCACCAAACACUUCAACAAUUUCUACAUCCUUAUGAUUGGUCGAUUGCUGGGAGGGACGGCCACAUCCAUUCUGUACAGCGCUUUUGAAUCCUGGCUAGUCUAUGAGCACCAUGCGAGAACAUUUGACAAGGAUCUGUUAGGCACCAUAUUCUCCCAUGCCACCCUCGGUAACUCCAUCGUUGCUAUAACAGCGGGCGUUGCGUCCCAGUUUUUCGUUGAUCAUUACGGCUUUGUUUCCCCCUUCGAUGCUUCUAUGGUCGUUCUCAUCAUAAUGGUCAUUCUGAUCACGACGGUGUGGUCCGAGAACUACGGCGACGCUAAAGCCAGUCUAGGAACCGCCUUCAAGACAGCGCUCUCACACAUAAAGACAGAUCGUAAAGUCUUAUGUCUCGGCCUGAUCCAGUCACUAUUCGAGGGAGCCAUGUAUACAUUUGUCCUGGAGUGGACGCCAGCGUUGGGUCAGUCUCAGGUCCAAACUGACCCCAAUAAGCCCAAAGAGGUCAUCCCACAUGGCUUCAUAUUUGCCGGAUUUAUGGUGGCCAUCAUGAUUGGCUCGUCUGUCUUCAAGGUCGCCAGUCGCUACUUGUCGGUGGAAUCGUUCAUGAGGCCCGUUCUCUUCAUUUCAGCAUUAGCACUGUGUGCUCCAGUCAUCAUGCCAUCGAGUCAACCUGCAGUCUUUGUAGGUUUUUUGGUGUUUGAGGGUUGCGUAGGAAUCUUCUGGCCGUCGUUGGGCACCAUGAGGGGGAAGUACGUACCAGAAGAAGCCCGGUCAACCAUCAUGAAUUUCUUUCGGAUUCCCUUGAAUUUGAUUGUCAUUUUUAUCCUUUUACAGAAUUUAAAUAUGAUAACUAUCUUCAAAUUUUGUGUUGCACUGCUUUUACUGGCCUCCGGUGUGCAAUGGUGGCUGUAUCGUCUUUCACUUGUCACGCCCAUGGCCGAUGUCGAGAAAGGAGUAUCAUCAUCCUCGAUUCCCUUUAAAUCAACGCAGCAACAGUUAGUUGGUAACGGUGGGACUUCUUACGACGACCAAUCAGAGGUCAUGGAUGUCUGAGCUGGUAGAUGAGCCUAAUGAGUCUGUGCAGGAACUAUAGAGGGCGGUAUGAAGCCUGAAUGCAAAGGCAGGUGGAUGGCCCUUACAUUUCACUUGUCGGCAAUUCACUUACUUACAUAUGAUUAAUAGCAGUGUUGCAGUGGAGUGAUACUGAAA